AUGUCGUCUAGUAAGCGUCGCAAGCUGGAUGGUCAAGGCCCUCCUCAGUCUCCAGUCAGCGCCGUCAGUGCAAUUGCUGCUCGUAGACGGCAAGCUGCUUCUGUGGCCCAAAGCCAAGCCACUGAGCCUGCAAACCCUGCAGAGCCGUUGACACCAAGUGUAAACUCCUUCAGCGCUCUCCAGACUCUUAGGCCUGAUAGGAAGGUUACUCGUCCUCCUAAAAAGAGUUCGAAACAGAGUGUUCAACUUCGAAAUGAUGGCCGUCGACUCCUAGCGGUGGAUGAUCCAAAGGCAGCCGAAAGCAAUUGUCGAACAAAAGCGGGGGGCGCCCUGGAGCUUACGUUGGAUGAGGGUGAGAGAUUUCUUGUUCUAGGAAGCUUUGGAAUCAGAGUAGUAGGCGGUGAAGUCACUUUAGCAGGAGCAACACUACAUGCUGCCGAGAGCAUACAUUGGGUUUCCGCCCCCCACUGCGUGGCUCUGCCUGUGAUUCGAACUGUUCAAGACACUCGACUGGAAUUACAUAAUGAUCCUAAUACGAGUGGUUUAAGAAAGCUAGGUCGUCUUUCACCCCUAUUUCGGAGAAUAUGGAAUGAGCCAAGUGAGACCGUUGAUGGGAUCAUGACUGGAGGGCAGACAUUCCAAAUAAUAGUCUCAUCUUCAGAUGCGCCUAGGAGAUGUGUCAUUCAAGAAUUGGUCUCUCCACCGGAGUGGAAUAAGAAAUUGGCAUCCUUGCUGUCGAUUUCAGGGACAGGGACAGGCCAGCGGACAACUUUUGUCUGUGGACCAAAAUCCGCAGGCAAGUCGACCUUCUCGAGGUUGCUCACGAACCGCCUUCUGACAUCUUCAAAUGCCGGGAAUCCUGUGAAACGAGUGGCAGUGCUAGACCUUGACCCUGGACAGCCCGAAUUCGCUCCACCUGGUACUGUAUCACUCGUAUGCGUCUCAAACCCGAACUUUGGAGUCCCAUUUACCCACACUGCCUUUGACGAUCCGUCGAACACAAUUCUGAGAUGCCACUCUUUGGCGUCUGUUACUCCAGCUUCAGCACCCGAUCUUCUCGUCUCCUGCGCCACCGACCUGUAUGACACAUACCAAAGGUCGCUUCGUACUUGCCCCCUUAUAAUAAACACCCCAGGCUGGAUUCUGGGCACAGGUUUAGACCUCCUUGUGGAGCUGAUCACUAGGAUUCGUCCUGCCGAAGUCAUAUACAUGUCAGAAGAUGGCCCUGCCGAUGUCGUGGAUGUAUUGAAGAACGCGACCAAGAAUUCGUUCAGCAUGCUUCCGUCGCAACCAUCAGAAUUUACCUCCAGAACUGCUGCUCACUUCAGGUCAAUGCAAAUGAUGUCAUACUAUCAUUCUCAUAUUGAUAUCGAGAACAAGCGAUUGAGACCACCACGGGUCACUUGGUCCGGCCAUGCUAUUUCGUCCGCAAGACCGUUUGUUGUUUCAUAUCAUGGCAAUAAUAGUGGGAUUUUUGGAAUUAUAUCUUAUGACUACCAGUGCACCCCAGAACUUCUAGCGGCUUCUAUCAACGGGUCAAUACUGGCCAUGGUCGAAAUUGAAGGGCCGGAAGCCUUCCGGCAACUUACGGACAUCACGAAGACUCCGGAAGUGGUAGUCACCAGAACGGCGGAGGACUUGCCAUUCAUUCCAAAUCCCAAUGACGCAACGCUUGAUCCUCAGUACUGCCGAACAAUCGGACUCGUCCUUAUUCGAGGCUUAGACUUGAAACGAAAGUGUCUACAAGUCAUCACGCCAACUCCGUACGCCAGCCUAGAAAAAAUCAAGGUCGAGGAGAGGAAUAUUGUCUUAGUCCAUGGAAGAUUCGACACUCCCUAUUGGGCUUAUACCGAAGACCUCUUUGCCAAAUCUUCUCAAGAAGAGCUGGUAGACAAGGAAGUCCACAUAACAGACGAAGAGACAAGUGAAGACGAAUCAAGGGAAGAAAAGGCACAACCGGGAGGGACGGAUCACGCCAUGAUAUCUACGAUACCUUGGAUAGAAGUUUUAGAUGGAACCCAGAAACGCCCCGUUGGAUCUCGAGUUUGGCGAGUAAGACGAGACUUGGGUCGACAUAACACUGACUGA